UUUUAAGCUAAGCUGUCUUGCCAAGGCGACGGAGAAGGAGAGACACGCCAUUGUCAAAUCCAAGAGCAACAAGAAAAGCAGAAAUGGCUGCAAAUUUCAUGCCGCCGCCGGCCACGGUGCAUCAGGCGGUUCAACCACUAGCCUUCUUGCUUGGUACUUGGAGAGGCCAAGGCGAGGGCAGGUUCCCCACUAUCUCCCCUUUCGCUUAUUCUGAAGAGCUCAACUUUUCUCACUCGCCUAACAAGCCCGUUAUAGCUUAUUCUUCAAAGACUUGGAAAUUGAACACCAAUCAGCCUAUGCACGCUGAAAGUGGAUACUGGAGACCCCAAAUUGAUGGGACCAUUGAAGUUGUAAUUGCCCAGAGCACUGGUCUAGCUGAAGUCCAGAAAGGAACAUUUGAUGCAGAACAGAGAAUUGUGAAGCUAAAGAGUGCACUUGUCGGGAAUGCUUCAAAGGUAAAGCAGAUAACGCGAGUUUUCAAAGUGGGUAAUGAAGAAUUAUCUUAUGUGGUCGAAAUGGCUACCAAUCUGAAUGAUCUUCAACCACAUUUGGAAGCUUCUCUUAAGAAGAUUUGAUGCUCGGAUGUCUAGCUUAUAAUAAAUAAGUUUGCAUGUUGUAUUUGAACUUGCAGUUUUUCUUCGAUUAUCCGAAGAUCUAGUCCGCACAGUUGUACUUCGAAAGAUUUUAUGCAAAGGUGUCCUAUUUCAUAUUA